AUGAUUCAAAAUCGUUCCCAAACUGCGCCGCGUUCAAGGAAUCAUUCCAGGACACAGGAUAUUAACACCCGCUUAUCAAGCACAAGAGUUCAUCAACCAAACAUCGCAAACAAACUUUCUCCCACCCCACCCUUGGCUGUUCCGAGAAACAUAUCAAUUCCCAAAACAUCUGGUAAGAGAAAUGAUAGAUUGUAUAAGAGAGCUAAAUCUGCACCACCAGGAUCUCGGCCACAUUCAAGCAGCAUUCUUGAUAUUCGGGGGAAAUAUUUCGAGCAGAAUGGUAAAACUUUUGAUAUGAUGUCCUACUUGAAGAGUAGAUCAUUUCCUCGCAGAAUUCAUCGUCUAAUCAAUGAAACUCCGAACAAUGCAUCAGAAAAUAAAACCGAAGAUAACAGCAGUUCACCAGCUGAUGAUGAUGCAGAGGACGCUUUAUCAGCUAGUCAAAUUGGCUUAAAAAAUAAACAACUUUUAGAGAGAAGACGAGGACUUCAUCGGCAGAGAUCUAUGAACAGAUCCGGGGUAAGUGUAUCGAAACGUUGGGUCGACUGGGAUGUGCAUGUAUUUACAUUUGCAUAGAGAUUUCGUACCGAGAAUAAUCAGUAGUUAUCCUAUGCACGUAUCAUCGUGUUUUCACUUUUCACAAAGCGAAUAAGUGAGUGCAAUGCAUGAGCGAAGAGUUUGGUUUGAGUAAAUUAAAGAGUGAAAUUAAAGCAUGCACAUGUCUUUCAUUGGACAACUAUGUAUGCACAUGCCUUUCAUUGGAUUGGCAUUUUUCCCCACAGGAUGUGAUACAAAUUUAUCAUCUAGAGUAUAAAUGAGAGAAAGCAUAAGAGAGCACAACUCAGUACAAAAUAAGAUCGCUUUAAGGUUGGCUCACAUUUUAGAACGUAUUCCAAUAAAAUAUUGUCGAUUUUUUGCCAUUUCCUCAAUUUUUCAAAAACGUAAAUCCCCCCAAAAAUGAAGAAGCUAGUCCAUGUAUACGUUUGUCGAUUUUGGCCAUUUUUUAUAUGUUUUUGUAAAUUUUCAAAAAUGACAAAACAUCAAAACACCUUUUGAGUUUGGUGUAUAAAGAGUUAGUUUAAUCUCUACAGCAUCUCCCACACUGGAACCCUGAUAUUACCGUGCAAUGUUUUAACCUUUCUUUUUAGGCUCGUGCAAAGAUCAUGCGAACAUUCCACCGUGUUCUGCUCAUUUGUCGUGUCGAGUUAAUCAUGGCUAAGCAUUCAAUAGACCUAGUGCCUGCAACAAAGAAACAGAUUUCAUGGAGUGAAAAAAGACACACGAGAGAAGCCGCAGAGGUUUUAUUUAGUAAAUCUUUGUACCAGAAACAACCAAUGGUUAGUGUUAUCAAGGGGUUUGCAAAGUAAAUACAUUCGAAUUUCAUCUCUGUAAGCGGGAUAAAACUUCAUAUGAAGAACAAACGUACAGACAUGUUGUGUUCAACUGUUCCAAUUAUCCGUGUGGGUCCGUGGACACUGAUAUACAAAUGAUUAAAUAAAUCACUGAAUAACACCCCGGCUGACUGAAACCUGACAUUAAAACAUCCCUGAACCCUAACCAUCAUGUAGUGAAGUCUUUAAACAUGGUCUCUGGUGGUUAUAUAGAGUUUACGCGAGGGGAAAAUUUAGGCGGCUUGAGGAAAAUUUGGCAAUAUUAAAGUUCUCAAUAUUUCUUUUUUAAUACACGCCGUGUUUCCCUUAGCUUUCAUCAUUUGCGCGAUUUUUAACAAGAAUCUGCCCGAGGACUGUAGUCCCCCCCCAGCCCCGUACGCAUGGGUUCACGAUUGUUCUAUAGGGUCAGGUAUAAGUCAGUGUUAUCUUAUUUAUUUUAUGCAGUUGCACUUUUAGUUUCCAGAGGACAUAUAACCCAAACUUCUUCAGAUAUAUCGGCACGAAAAUUCCCAGACCUGGAAAAGUGUUUAAUGUUUCCUUUUUGAAAUGUUUCUCAAAAGUGCAAAAACUACAUUAUGGAAAUAGGUGAUUCGAGCUAUAGACUAGAUUUUGAUCUAGGCAAGAAGAACGACAUCCAACACGACAACAGCUAGAAAGAACAUCUUAGAAUGAGUAAAACUGCAAAGUUUGGUUGCUAAAUGUUGUAAAAUGGAGAAAAUGUAGCCCUGUGAAGUUCGCAAAUUUUGUAUAAAUUUUAAUUACGCACGGUAAAUUAAAAUAACCACUUCCCACCGGGCACACGACGUUGUUUCAACGUUGAAAUUUGGUAGAAAAAAGGUUGCGACGUCGACAACCUAAUAUCUACGUUGCUCUGACGUUGUUUUACAAACAUAGGUUCAACAGCAGCCAACAGACGUUGAAUUAACGUUCAUUCAUGGUUAAAUGUACGACGUCGAUUUGUGAACCAAUCUCAACGUUGUUUUAACGUGGAUUCAACGUUGAAUUAUAGUUGACGAGAUUGGCAACCUAAUUUCAACGUUGUUUCAACGUCGAAACAGUAACGUCGAUCCAAUUUGCAUAGUCAACCCUUUUUCAACGUCUAUCCAACGUCUGGAAGGUCAUUUCCAACGUUGAUUCAACGUUGGAUAAACGUCAUUUUGCCCGCUGGGUUUCGGCUCAAAAAUGGUUAUAAUUUUUCACGCGCGUAAUGCAAAUAUAUACAAAAUUUGUGAACUUCACACGGCUAUAUUUUCCUCAUUUUCCGGCAACCAAACUUUGAAAUUUUACUCAUUUGGUAAUGGAUUUCACUAUGGUAAUGGUUUCGUUGUUCUUGUCUAGAUCAAAAUUUCGUAUAUAGCUGGAAUUAUCUAUUGGGCCGCCGCACUUACUGGCUCAUGUGUGCAACAAUCGAGUUAAUGGACACAUGUACUAGUGUUUUGAAUUUAAUAUUAAUUGUUUCCUCACAAUUCUCCAAUGAAGAAUGUUUAAAAGUUUGAAAAUAUCCUUCCAUCUUGUUGAUGAACCAAGACCAAAUGUACAUCAGAAGUCAGGAUCCCGAUCACAUUCAAUAUUUUUUGCAGGUCUGAAAAUUUUCUAUAGUCCGACUCGUUUGUUUCAUUUGUAGUAAGUGAAAUAUUUGCUUUCUAAUCUAUUAUUUUCUUAGAUAUAUUCUCACGUACCAAAAUGGGCAGAAGUAAUAUUGAGAAAACCUCCAACGGAAAGAACGGACAGAGAAAUAAUGCAAAUCCAUGCAAUGAUGCAGGGUCUUCUUGCUUAUGAUAAAUUUACCCGCAGAAUUCAAAUUGCAAUGUGUCGUUCAAUGAGAUUUUUAAGGUAUCUGUAGUCUGAUGCUAACCAGACAGAGAGAGUAUAGUUGUGUUUUCGUAACUGCCCCCAAUUAGGUCUAAAAUUAGGUCUAAUGUUGUUUCUCGCUUAACCUUUUCCAACCACGAAAAACAUUUAACAUUGUCAUUGACAUUGUGUUCUGUCAUGAGAGAUGCCUAUAAUAUCUAUCUUUUAAAAUUAACGUUUGCAUUUUUUUGUAACAAAAUUUUUUCAAACUUAUUGAUUUUUCUCUUUGUCGGGUUGACCAUGGGGUUCCGUGUUUCUGAAGAUUUUUCUCAUCCCGCGACUUCUUGAAAUCCUGAUCACGCCAUUUUUCUUCUUUUUUAUCUCAUUACCUGCAGUUACAAAAACGAAGGCAAUCUUCCAUUCUAUAUUGUGAACCCUCAACAAAGAUUUCAAUAUAUGAACUAAUCACUUGUUCACGGCAUUGUCUCGUUACCUAUGGUAAACAGUUUAUAUAUAUUCUUUAUAAUCAAUCUCGAAAUUUAUUUUCUCUUAUAUUUUAGGAUCAAGUAUCCACGUGUUAUUCUCCGUAAGGGACAUGUUGGACAGGCAUUUUAUUUCAUUUUCAGCGGUUCUGUUUUUAUCAAUAUCGAAGGACUUCAUGUUGAGACAAAUGAAGUAGUUUAUAAAACUGUUAGUAUUUUACAGCGUGGCGAUGCUUUCGGGGUAAGUAAGCAAUACAGAAAAAUCAGAGCACAGUAGAUUGUGGUAGGCAUAGUGGUUAGUUCGAGUUCCUUUCACUUUUGCGGCCCAUGUGAAAUUCAUUAUAUGCCGUAAGGCCUGUUUACACUUACAAUUUUUGCUGCGAUUUUAGGUGCGAUUUUCUUCUUCUGAUGGAUGUGAAUAUUCAGAUGAGGGUACAUCGGUACAUGCACUCCGAACAUUCAUAACUCAUCUACUCGUUCACAUGCAUCAGGAGAAAAUGGAACUAGAAAUUGCCCAUAUCCAUAGCAUGGAAACAUACAAAUAUUAUGGAUAAUCAAAUCCAUUCUAUUUCCAAUAAAGGUCCAUAUACAAUUUCCAUUCUAUGGAUUUUCAAAUUUUUUUCCAGUGACUGCAAGGCGUCUUGCUGCCUCAAAUGCAAAGUGUUCGAAUUGUGCAUGCAUGACAAUCUUCCCUCUGACGCAUGUUUCAUGUACACUUUUGUUACGUUUCAUGUACAUUUUCAAAUGUACAGAAUUUACUUGACAUGAAAACUAUACUACCUGUUCUGCUAGAAGUUCAUCUGAUCGUACAUCCAGUGUUAUUACAGGAUGAAACCGAAUUAUCCAGAGCAAAUUUGCCUAUCUGCGGUUUGGGAGGUACAAACUGGAAGCACUCAUAUCAGUAUUGAAAUAGUAGAUAUGCUAUGGAUUUCAUAGUAUGGAUUUCACAUAUUUUCCCCAGUGACUUGCACUUCUUGGGGGAGACCCAUAAACCAUUUACUCAGCUUCGCCACGGUUUUCAACAAAUAUCUCGGCGUUUGGAUGAUAUAACACGCUUUCGCAUGUUUGAUAUAAUAAGUUGCCACAUGUCAUUUCACUAUUUUCACAACCCUUUACCUUUAUUUAUUUUACUGCUUCCAAAACGGAAUAAAUCACUUUUUCUGGAUAUUCUUCUUUGAAGGAAGUGGCCUUAUUACGGAACAUACGUCGUACAGCAUCUGUGGCAGUCAAGGAAGAUGUAGAACUAAUGGUCGUAGAUAAAUAUGUAUUUGGUAAAGUUUGUUCCGAGAUUUAUGAACGAGAGAUGAGAGAGAAACUGGAGUUUUGUCGGUAAGGUAUUACAAUUAUUAGUCGUUACUACGAUACUCAGUUGAGAAAAAAAACAAACUUUGUUUCAAGAUAGAGAAAUAUUAACCGAAAUUUUGAAAGAUUGUUUCAAACGAGGUCCUUUUUCGGUUUUGACAAUAUUCUCCGCAUAGUCUCCUUGGCUAUUCCUACAGGUUUAAACUUAAUCUUUAAUAUUCAUAGAAAGAAGAUGUUCACACUACACUUGUAAUCAUUUUUGUAUUAAUUUUGGAAAAUAAAAUAAACUAAACCAAACAAUGAACGCUAUUUUAGCAACAUAGUUUUAAAAUUUGUGACUGCCAUAAGUUCGUGACUAUAUAUACUCAAAUUUACACAAAAGAUGUUGGAUUUAAGUUUUUCCCAUUUUAGAAAUUUACCACUAUUUAAACAUUGGAGAGAAGAAGCAAUAAAACGUAUUUGCCAAGAUUCUCAGAUACACGAGGUAAUUUAUUUCUACUGGACUAAGACUAUAGGAAGCAUUUAAUAUAGCUAGAUUUCAAAAAUCUAAAGCAUUUAGAAAUGCAAAUACUAUUUAUGAAAGAAUCGUUCUCGUUUUUAGUACAAAGCAAACAAAAUAAUUGUACGAAACAGUAAGGACGAAGAAGAUUGGAUUUACUUUUGUAUGGAGGUGAUAAGUCAAAAUUAUUUUAUACAGGUUUUUGCAAAAUAAAUGUAAUCCCCCAAAACAUUACAAGUUCAUGAUCCAGUCAGAAUGGGUGUCUAUAUAUAAAGCCUGCCGCACACGAAAGCAACUUGCUGAGCUAACCGCCUCGCGUGGCAGCUAACUCGGCAAGUUUCUCUCGUGUGCGGAUAGUUUUCGUAAGGAAUUGACCUCUCGUGGCCUUGAGGAACAUCUAUCGUGUUUGAUUUCACCUCGCGAGGAAAAAAUCUCAACGUCUGCGGAUGUUGUGAGCUUAGUGCUGAGCUAUUUGCAUCAAUUAGCCAACGAGAAACCAUAGUUUCUUCAUGUGACUUUGAACACAAUGGAGGAAAGUGCAAACGAAUUUGUCAAUUAUGUUGUUGUUGAGAAGUUUUCCCACCGUGUGUGAAAAUACAUAGCUGAGCUAGCCGCCACGCGCAGCAAGUUUCUCUCGUGUGCGGCGGGUUUAUAGGCGCAAUCCUUAUAUAUAAACUCGGAUGGUCUGUGCCAGCGUAGGUUGGUGACAAUAACACCAGAAACCUGUGGGUUGAGAGAGAUUCAACUACCUGUAUACAAAUAAUGUUGUAUUUUUCAGGCAGUUGAAUCCUUCUCAAUUCCCAGCUUUCUGGCAAUCGUUAUAUACCCAACCACCCAAGAUAUGACGUCAUCGGCCAACAAGGUGGAAAAUACUCAUUUGAAGUAAGUUAUCCCUAUUCAAAGUUUGAUGAUUCAUAUUCAUGUGCCACGCAUCCAUGCCUUUGACCAUAAUAAUUUUUGGUGGUAAUGACACGCGAGUAUUCUUACCAAUGUUUUAAUUAACUCACGAGUUACUACCAUUGACAACAACCUUUAGAAGUGCUUACGUCACACAAUUUUCAAUCCAUCAAAACAUUCGGUAUGCGCAAUGCAAUGUGGCAUACAUGUAGGUCAAAUACUCAUUGUCUGACAGUGGUCAAUUAUUAUUGUCAAAAACGUUUCUUGGAAGCGUCGCACAUGAAUCAUCACACUUUGGAUAUGGAUAACAGUAGCUUUCUUCUACAAAAGUAUUUCUUCCUUGUUCGCUGAGAUGUCAUAAAGCGAGUAUAUAUAAAGAGCCACAUGGUGAUUUUAGAUCACUCUUAAGCCUGUUUUCCACUAGGCGGAAUUUUGCGCGCGGAGCGGAAUUUUUCUUUGUCUUUUCUAAUUAGUUCCACCCGAGAAAUCACAAGACAAAGAAAAUUUCCACUCCGCGCGCAAAAUUCCGCCUAGUGGAAAACAGGCUUUAAUAAAUACCAAUGAAGACAAAAGUGUUAUUAAUGUCUUGCCAUGAAUGCAUAAUUUUUCGGAGAUUACAUUCAUUCACUUAAGAGAGAGUAGCGAAACAUGUCUAAUGUUACACCCGGUUGUCGUGGACGCUUUCCAACAUGUGAAGACGUUUUAUAUUUAAAGGUCAAUUUCCACUCAAGAAAAAUUUCCACGGACAGAAAAUUUUCCGAAAAUAUCAUUGUUAAAAGUUGAACAUUCUCAACUUCAAAUUUUUUUCAGACGGAAAAUUUGUGUCGGCCAAUCGCAUUUUACAAAAUUUGCAACUGUGGAAAUGGGCCUUAAUUAAGAGUAGUAUAUCAUGAUUUCAGAGUCAAUGCGGUGUGAUUAAAGCACAGGAAUUCAACGUGAAACCCAAACACUCAUCAACUUCUAUUAGAAUGUUGCUAUCUUUCUAACGUUAUUCAAUCAGACGUUUUAAAUGUAGUAUAUCACGAUUACAGGGCCGAUGUAGUGUUACUAAAGCACUGGAAUUUAACGUGAGACCUAAACAUUCCUCAAGUUUUGUGUCUCGACGUUUGGAAGAAGAGAAUUGCUAUCGUGGUUGGUAUCUUUCUCUUGGCGUUACAGACUCAGAAACUGGCAGGACACGUUCUUACUCCACUGAAGUUGAAAUCAUGAACGAACUACAGAUUUCUAUUGAACAGAUAGAUUUAAGGAAAAUUGCAAAGACACACAUAGUGGAUGACGAUUAUGAAGUUAUGUCAAGGUAACACAACUAAAAUACAGCAUGUAAGGUACAAUACAUGCACAAUGUAAGAGUAAGAACUCGAUUCCAAAAAAUUCCUUUCUAUAUGUUUUUGUCUACGCGGUCUGCAAGAAGUGUGCCGAAAUUUCGUGUUUUUACUUCAAUUUAAAGAAUAAUACUACGGUUUUAUGAACUGAUAACUUGAUUGGCGAUACGGUCCAUUAGAAAACACUGGAAUUAGCUGAAUAAAACGGUAUUAAUGCAUGGUAUUAUUUUUCACAUAUUUUUCAGUUCGUUAGCUACAACACCUACUAUUUUAUUUAACUAGGUUACCCACAGGGCAGUAAUGCUGCCUUUGACAGCAAAAGACAAACUACAGGGUGUUGAACGAGUCCUUCAGAAACAUCCUAUUAUUGUUUAGCCUGCAUGGCAGGCGGUUCCUAAAAUUGGGCAAGCCUGGGAAAUACCGCCUGCCAUGCAGGCUAAUUAUUUUUAUCCUUGUUAACCCAUUUAUUGACAGUACCCUACCACUGACUGAGUAUUAAAAAUCGUCUGGCGUUGGACAGGGUAAUACUAAAGUAGGGGUCAUUACUGUGCUGAUGAAUUAGCAAGAGCCAUUGGCAGAUAGGUUUGUUAACCCAUUUACUGGCAGUACCCUAUACCACUGACGAGUAAAAUCUUCUGGCGCUCGACAAGGGAAGGGCGCAUUGCCAGCUAAUGGGUUAAACCACCGUGGUUAAACAUAAGAUUUCAUGAUGAUCCAGGAAAUGUAAACAAGCUAUCAGUGUGACAUCCCAGUUUAUAUAUUUAUAUACUCGGAAUAUUGAUUUCUCGGUACAUACAAAAUUAUUUUAAAGUAUAACAACCAGCGAAGACGUAAGGCACUAUCUACCCUGCGCGGCUGCGCGCAGACUAUAUAACGACAUAUAUAUGUCAUCCGUCCGGUCCGUCCGUCAUUCAUCCGUCCGUCCGUAUCCGCUUUUUAUCCUAACUCGUUUUUAAAACACAACGUUUGCAUUUAAUUAAGGCAGUGCGGUUCGUAAUGAUCAAUAUUUUCAAAAGCGGCCAAUUAGACCAGGGGUUAAAGGGCAAUGACAAUGACAUGCAGAUGACAUUUAACAUUGCGUCUCACUAAUUAAAAUUUGCGUGUUUAAUAGUGUUUAUCAAAGAAAGCAAAAAUAUAUACAAGACAAUCUCACAUGUGGAGUUUUUUCACUUACAGUACGUACUGCCUUGUGAUGCAGUACAAGUAUAAAUACAAAUGACAAAGCAUUUGUAAAUCCUAAAACAUCAUUAAAUCGUACGGCACAUUUAAGAUUUUAAUAUCGUAUUUCAGCCGCGUUUAUACUGUUUGGCGCAUUCGCUGCGUUAUAUUCAUUUACAUGUAUAUACACAGAAAAGCAUGUCAUUGUCCUUGCAGACCAUAGGCAAAAGCAUUUGUCAACCAUGCACAUACCAAAUUUAAGCAAUCGUUAAAUCAUAUACAUGUCAUGGAAAGAAUAUGGAAAUAAUGUUGAAUGAAAGCUAGCAUCGCGUAUAAUAUUAAAAGCACCGCAUAUAGUGCUCGAACCACUGAGUAUAAUUGCAAAAGCAUCGCGUAUAUAAAUGGUGAAAGCACCGCGUAUAAUACUGGAACCACCGCGUAUAAUGGCGAAAGCACCGUGUAUAAUGCCAAAAGCACCGCCGUAUAAUGCUAAAAGCACCCAACAAAAUGCCGUUUGAUCACUUUAAGCCAGCUAUGGGCCUAUGGCUUUCCAUAAAGGAAACCAAAGAUGAAACAUGAUCACAUUGCCUGUUUGCCUUAUGCCUGACCGCGCUGCACCACGGUUAAAAUUCACUGGUACCGUCAUGCAAUGCGCCAAAUAGAAAAUUUUGAUUUCGACCCACAAAACAAAAUUAGGAUCUGCUGCCUUGCUCGCUCGCUUCAGGCUCGCUCGCUGCGGCAGCAAUUAUAAUGUUACUAUAGAAACGACAUGUUGGCCGUUGGAAACGACUUAUGUUGGACGUUCUACCCUUUAUUCAUUAAUAAUUCAUGAGCAAUCCAGCCAAUGAUAAUCACCUAUUUGAUCACAAGAUGGCAUUUGGAUAACCCGGUGAAACUUGAUGAAAGUCACUAGUGUUUUCAUCAAAUAUCUUAAUUACGCAUGCAAAAUUACUUGAAUAGAAUUCCUAAUUACGUUAUGCUUGGUUAAGAAUUCUAAUCAAAUCAGCAAACGAAAACAUUCUGUUACGUCUCGAUUCAUUUGAGAAGCCAUAUAAACAACUGGAGCUCGUGUCUCACCGGGAUAUCCAAACACUCGAAAACAAUGUAUGAAAAUACUCGCGCUUGGCGCUCGUGUUUGGAUAUCUCGGUGAAAAAACUCGCUCUCGUUGUUCAUAUAUUAAUUCGUACACAUUCGAUGAUUCCAGAAACAUCAAAGAGAAAGAAGCCAAAUUGAAAAAGAUGGGAGGAGCGGAAGAAGUGUUAUUCUCAUUUGGUAAAAGCUACAAUCACUUGCCGCACUGCACAGGCGAAGCACAAUAUUGUUUGAUAAAGAAAGAUGACAAACGAUGCUCUUUGUUUGAAAGUAAUAGAAGUACUCGGAGUGCAGAUAUUGAUAUAGAGAAGACGUGUGUGAAACGGAGGAAAUCUAUUGAGCUGACAACCUUGUUGAAUGAAGAGUUUACAGCUGGUCGAUUAAACACAAGAACUGCUUAUCUGAAUAUUGCAACUAUGAAGAAAGGAGAUGUUUUUGUGAGUCUAUUUCUUGUGUAAUUCCAUACGUACAAGAGAGAAAUUUAUGCAUUGAGCAAAUAAGCAUGCACUUAUAAUAGAAAUUAAAGUGAUGUUGAAAGCAACCUGAAUGUUUAUGAAAUUUUAUAAAACAACUGCAAUGCUAUAAAUAGUACAUAAUAUAUAACUUAUGUUCGAAGUAUGUUAGUAUAGGGUUAUCAUAUGAGGAGCGAGACAACUGCUAUUAGAGAGGUUUAGCAAAGACGACGGGACGUAAAAGACGACGUGAAAAUGGCGUAAAAAUGGAGUUUGACUAAUGGUCGCGGGUCGCGUGUCGCGGGUAAAAAGUCGCGUGUCGCGGGUAAAAAGUCGCGGGUCGCGGGUAAAAUGUCGCGGGUAAAAAGUCGCGGGUCGUAAAAAAGCUCUAAACCGUGUAUUUUAUUGAGUCGCGGGUUGAAUAAAGUGUGUAAAAAUCACGUUAUCAUUUAUUAGUUAUUUAAUGGUUUUUAUCAAUAGUUGUUCGAAGAUGUUAUGGCUGCAAUUGCGAGUUUCUAGAUAAAUAUAGACAAGAACCAUAACAUUAUUGUAAAGCACGUUGAUAGACGGUGGUCCGGUUGUGCAAAAGGAUCCUGUUACACAUUCCUAUGCUUAUAGUCCUGAUUUUAGUAAUACAUAGGCAUCCAAUUUCUACCAUAUCAGGCGUACAAAUCCGCUAUUCAGUGGCUCAGUGCGCGUUGUCGUCAAGCCUCUGCGCAUCGAUCAGUACUUUCCAGAAACAACUGCUAGAGAACAACGACUUAAAUAUCCGGGUUGUUGGUGAAUCAUAAUGUACUUUUAUAAUGUCCUAGCAUGGAUAUAUCUAUUAUUUGUGAUACUAUAUGGUUGUUUUUAAAUUGGUAUAAAACUGAUUGUAAUAGUAUAGUGGUAAACUGAAUUUAUUUCUACCCGAAAGUCUUGUUUGUUUCUUUCAGAACAUUUUUUUGAUUAGAGGAUUUCUGUCAUGGUAUAAUUGUUGGUUUAACAUAUUGAAAUUAUUCUUUCAAGUUUUAGGCUUCUGGCACGUUUAUAUUGAACCAUUAAAUCGUGAGAAAAGGCUCUUGGGCAAUGCUUCGAGUUGAAGCAAUCCUAUAUGGUUGUUUACUAAAUGAAAACGUGAUUUUACACACUUUAUUCAACCCGAGACUCUAGAAUACAUGGUUUGGAGCUUUUUUACGACCCGCGACUUUUUACCCGCGACAUUUUACCCGCGACAUUCUACACGCGACUUUUUACCCGCGACCAUUAGUCAAACUCAUUAAAUCGUGACAAAAGGUUCUUGGGCAAUAUUUCGUAUUGAAGCAAUCCUAUAUAGCUGUUGAGUAAAUGAUAACGUGAUUUUUACACACUUUAUUCAACCCGCGACUCAUAAAAUACACGGUUUGGAGCUUUUUUACGACCCGCGACUUCACCCGCGACAUUUUACCCGCGACCCGCGACAUUCUACCCGCGACACGCGACUUUUUACCCGCGACACGCGACCAUUAGUCAAACUCCGUGAAAAUGGCGUAAAAAUGGCGUGGGCACAUCCAUAGAUGGCAUAUCACGCCAUUUCCACGCCAUUUUCACGUCGUCUUUGACGUCGCGUCGUCUUUGCUAAACCUCUCUAUUGUCUAGAUUAUGAUAACCUGUUUAUUAUAUACUUGUGCCUCUAUCAGGAUCAGAGUUUGUUAGAAUAUUAAUCGCCCCAACGCAACAAUUGUUAAAACAACGGGACAAAAAUCGAUGUCAGUGAAAUAUCGUUUCUCUGCCACCCUGUCAUAGUUAUUGCCCUGAAUUGUUUUAUAAGGAUUACACCAACAAUAUUUAUUGGUUCUACAUCACUUGAAUGUUCUAUAAAUACACGCCGGCGCUGAUUGAAACGUUUCAUAAAACCUGGAUCUUGUGCAUAGCCUUAUAGCAGUUCCUUAAUACUUUAGGCGAUAUAGGUGUGGUUGAGAUUACUGCUCCGCUGAUGUCGAAUCCGAUUAUCUAUUUUAUACGAUUACAAUGUAUGCGUGAAAUGAAAUCAUUAUUAUAAUUUAUUCUAAUUGAAACCAGUAAUGUAUAUUCCUGUGUAAUUGGUUUAGAAUCUUGGUGAAGUGUUGCAACCGACCGGCAGACAACUUAUCUUGGUCAGUCAUAAUGCGAAGAUAUUACAGAUUAAAAAACAAACCUUCUUCAAACACGCAACGAGGGAAUCCCUGUUAAUUGCAAACGUUUUGGCGUUGGAAAACAAGUAAGAUUUACGUUUUAAGACUUAUGAAGUAAUACGAUGGUAAGUUCAAGAAUUUUACUAUAAAAUAAUGCUCAACGUUCGACAGUCUCAUUCCCAAGGGGCAUUUUACGCACACUUUGCCAAACAUUCGAAUUCUCCUAAAAAUCCGCCAAAAUCCAAAUUUUAAAUUCCAUUCAAAUGAAAUCCUCAAAAAAUCUGGGAGAAUUCCACAAAAAAUACGGAAAAUACAAAAAUAUCCGGAAAAGUAAAUUAAACUCAAUCGUAAAAAAACUCAACAAAAUUUCUUUUAAAAAACCCAAGAAAAAUUCCACUAAAAAUCCGCGGAUUUUUGAAAGUCCGAAAAUACUGUACGCUUUUUUGGAGUGAAAUGCCCCUCCCUUAUUCCAUUGGCAUUAAACGAACCGGGGUUUUUAAACACAUUUUCAUAUACAAAGAAUUGUAUGUUUUGGAGCAAAUACUAUACAUACGUAUAUGCAUUUAUAAUUUGUUCUUAGUUAUCCAGACGACGAUACAUUGUACUACACAUUUCGCCAACAAUGUCUGUGGGAAGAAGUGAAGACAAGCGUUUUGCAACAAACUAUGGACAAGAUAAAUGUCACUCAAAAUGAAAGAGACGAAGAACCUUCUAAAAAGAUGUUCACGGCAAAACAACGAGCAAAAAGUGCUCGUCAGGUUUCAAGGAAAUUUUUCUAACCCAAUUCACCAGCUACAAUUCAUGCAGGUAGAAAACAAAUCUUCCCUAAUCAUUGACUUUGUAUAUAGACAUAGACUAUUUGAAGAAAUAUGAAGCGUAUAUAGAUGCAUACAUAGUGUCAGUGAAUACAUUAGCUACCUUACAGCACACCAAACGAAUUGGAAGGUCCUGUCAGUGUUAGCGCGGUCGCUAGAAGUGAACAUCGGAUGUAUAAACAAUGAGAUUGAACAAGAACGGUGUAUAUUUGUCUCAUGCAGAGAAAGAUGUUAUUUGUUGUACUGCUCAGCAGUUGCUGCUAAUAUAUAUACUGGAUGCACUGAAAUGAAUAUAUAACUGGAACGCUACCUUUUCUUGAAGCUAAAUCUGUGACACGCGUGUCUGGAGGUCAGAUCAUGCGUGUUUAUGUCAUGAUUGAUUAAUUGGGCGCUCUUCGCAUGGGUGAAAAGACUGGGACUGGCUUUCAAGUUUGGCUUCAAAUUUCCGGUUGGAGGAAGCGUUCCAGUUCAAUGACUGGAUGUAAAUAUGUAUAUAUAUAUAGUUUCAAAUACGUCACAAUGAUUUAUUGUAAUUCAAUUCCGUAGGUUUGCAUCAACAUGAAGCAAAAUAUACUCUCUAACGACAUCCAGUUAUUUGGGUUAAUUUAACAUUCCUGGUUAAAUUUACUGGUUAAUGUAACCAGGGGAAUCUGGUUAUAUUUGACCAGGACGUCCUGGUCAGAAAUAAAGUAACCAGGAAAUUUAACCAAGAAUAUUAAGUUCAACCAAAUAGGGUUAUUUCUAGGUUAACCAGGAAAAAUUAGCCAUAGUGUUUUUAGAGUGUAGAACAAAAAUUUUAUCCAGAUCGCCAAUGGCCAUAAGCUAAAAAUUAUACUUCAGUCACUAUUUCAAAUAUUCGAUGUCAUUAAAACAACUGUUAAUGAGAUAAAAAAUAACACAAGAUGUCAUGAUAUUUAAAAUAAGACAAACAUUGUGGAAAAAGUGAUCCGUGAUGUUUUAUAUAUAUAUAUAUUAAAUGUUUUAAUAGUUUUAUAUAUAGGUGUAUAGUAGCAACCGUAUUUCAUGGUGUCAAAAUACAACUUUAAAUUCCCCAAGAGUCUCUGGUCGUAUUACAUAGAGCAUGCAACCACAGGCAUAGUCUAUUGUUGGCGAGCAUAUAAUUGCAACCGGACAUUUGGCUAUUCUAGGGUACACGCACUGAAAUUUAGAACGUGUGAAAAUGUUCCUCAGUCUUGUUGCUAAGACGAAUGUUUCUUACGAUCCUGUAGUAGGCUACCUUUUCCAGGUCUGGAACGAUUAGCUCUUGCUAACGGUACUACAGCGAUUGUAUUCUUGGAUGAUGCCAACUCACUGUAGUUUAUGAAUAUUCAUAAGUUUCAAUAGGAUAAUUCUGAAUAUUGUCAUAGGUUUUUAUGACAUCUUCAUGUUCAUUAAUUCUUUCAAGCAGUCUAUGUACCUUUUCAAGUUGAUUUUCAUUCAGUUCUAUGAGAGUCUGAGGUAGGUACUCCAGGUUGGCAGAAAGAAGAGUGCAGGAAUUUUCUUUCGUCAGCUCAUUGGAGACUUGUAUUAAGUCACUGGGCGCACAUAUAAACUAAAAAAAAAUUCAGUCAUAAUAUUAGACAGAGACCAUUGAAAAAGCUUCAGCCAUGCAUGAACUGUAACUCAAACAAAAAUUU